CAUGCCGGGGAUGGACACAUAGGAUAACAUGCCGGGGAUGGACACAUAGGAUAACAUGCUGGGGAUGGACACACAUAGGAUAACAUGCUGGGGAUGGACACGUAGGAUAACAUGCUGGGGAUGGACACAUAGGAUAACACGCUGGGGAUGGACACGUAGGAUAACAUGCUGGGGAUGGACACACAGGAUAACAUGCCGGGGAUGGACACAUAGGGAUAACAUGCUGGGGAUGGACACAUAGGAUAACACCAUGCUGGGGAUGGACACAUAGGAUAACAUGCCGGGGAUGGACACAUAGGAUAACAU